AUGGCUUCAUCGGAUGACGUUUUCAAAGAACUAUUUGCUAGUAUAUACGAGCCCUUCUCUGGACUAAAUGAGAUGGAUUAUGAGCUCCAUGGUAUUUAUAUGGAUCACGAACCAGAGCAUGAGUUCGUGACUGCGCUUGAUAAAUGUAGGGACGUCUUUCUCAAUGUUCUAGUUAGUGAUGAAAACUUAAGGAAUUCAAGCAUGGCUGAUGAAAUCAGAGCACAAGUUUAUCAUGCUAAUGAAUGGCAAAGUGAUGAAGAAGGUGAACAAGAGGCGGUGAAGAAUAAGUACAGAAUUCAUGAUCCAAACACACCAUGGGAUAAGAUGGAACCUAAGGUAGGUGAUAUGUUUGAGUCUCCUGCACAACUUAAGUUUUGUAUUCAAAAUUAUGGGGUGUCAAAUGGAUAUCAGAUAUACUUUGAAAAAUGUGAUAAAACUAGACUAGUUGCAAGAUGUGGGAAGAGGACAGAGAUGAAUUAUUGUCCUUUCAGAUUGUAUGCUGGAUGGAUGUACAAUGAAAAAUCAUUUCAAGGUAAAAAUUUGGUUGUAGAGCAUCGUUGCAGUAGGAAGUUCAAAUUUGGAAGUCUUGUUUCCCCUGAAUGGAUAGGUAGGCAUUACAUUACUAAAACUGCAAACACACCUAAGAUGAAACUUAGGGACAUGAUUGCCGAUAUCAAACAAAGGAUAUGGGAUUAUGCUGAUGAAUUAUUAAGGUCCAACCCAGGUUCAACAUGCAAAGUUAGUGUCACUGUCAAUCCAGAUGGGAAGAACUACUUCCACAGAUUUUACAUUGGUUUCAAAGCUUUAAGUGAUGGAUGGAAAUUAGGGUGUAGAAGAGUAAUUGGUUUGGAUGGAUGCUUUCUGAAAGGACAGGUGAAGGGUGAGUUGUUGACUGCCAUUGGUAGAGAUGCUAAUAACCAGAUUCUUAGAGAUAGUGUAGACCUUCAUGAUGGUAGAGGAUUGGUGGUGAUAUCUUACCAACAUAAGGGAUUGGUUGAAGCUGUAAAAGAUAUACUCCCAAAUGUUGAGCACAGGCAACGUGCCAGGCAUGUUUAUGCCAAUUUCAAGAAAGCAUACACAGGGUUGGAGUUCAAGAAAUUAUUUUGGGCUGCAUCAAUGAGUGGUGUAGAAAGUGACUUUAUGAGAGCUUCUCAAUCCAGUCAGCCUCCAAUACAGAAAAACAAGUCAAAGAAAGAAGCAUCAAGUUCCAAGGUUUUAAAAGCAUCAAGGUUCAAAAAAGAAGCAACUGAAUUUUAUGAAUCAUUAAGAGCUUCUAAAUCCAGUCAACCUCCAAAGAAGAAAAACAAGUCAAAGAAAGAAGCAUCAAGUUCCAAGGUUUUAAAAGCAUCAAGGUCCAAAAAAGAGGCUACUUCACCUCAUACAGAAGAUGUUUCUGCAACUCAAAAAGAAGUUGUUGAUGGUAUUCAGAUUGGGGAAGGUGAUGGAAUUCAGAAUGAGGAUUAUGUUGAUAGUAUUGAGACUGGGGAUCAUGGUGAUGAUAUUCAGAUUGGGGAAGGUGGUGGUAUUGAGACUGGGGGUCAUGGUGAUGGUAUUCAGACUGGGGAUGUUAAUGAUGUUAUUGUUGAAGAUUGUCAUAUUGUUGAAGAAGUUGAAGUGGUUGAUGUUGGAAAAGAAGAUGUUUUGCUUCCAAGGGAUAUGGAAGAUGUAUUGGAUCAUCCUGAUGUAUUGGAUCAUCCUUCUGAUAAUGAUGAUGAGGCUAUUAUUGAUGAUGUUGAUGGUAUUGUUGAUGGUGGUGGUGAACAAGAAGAAGGAGGUGAUGAUGGUCACUUGGGUGAUGAUGAUGGUCCUGAUGAUGUCCCUAGAUUGACAAGGUUAAGAAAACCCUCUGAAAGGAUCAUUUUGCAGAAGUUGAAGAAGACGGUGCUUGACAAAAAUGGAGGUGGUUCAUCUGCUAGCAAUCCAGUUAGGUUGGAGUAG